AUGGUCAAGAUCGCCCAAUGGGUGUCGACGGCGGCACUCAUCCUGGGCGCCUCAGCCGUAGAUGAAGCCUCGUCUGUGCUGACGACAGAAAUUGGCCGUCAAAAUAACCAGAGUCUCUUUUGGGGCCCAUACAAGUCCAACUUGUAUUUUGGUGUGCGGCCGCGAACACCAGAUGGUUUGUGGACGGGGCUCAUGUGGGCAAAGGUCGACGACUACCAAGACAUUCAGAAUGGAUUCAGAUACACCUGUGAACAAGGAGAAGACAUUCACGGAUAUGGAUGGGAUGAGUACGAUGCACGCAUAGGCGGUGUGCAAUCAAUCCACGACAAGGGCAACAAUAUUGACUUGACAACAACAUUUGUCAAGAUUCCAGGAGGCAAUCAUGGUGGAAGCUGGGCCGCUCGUAUCAAGGGCGAGCUUCGAGAAGGUGCCGCAAAGGAUACCAAGACUAUGCUCUUCUACUACAUCGCCCAGGACGGCGAAGGCGAGCUCGAUGUUGAAGGCGAAGGCACCCAAUUUGGUUUUGAGGACGAUGUCGAUUUCAGUGGCAACUCGAAGACUCUAGGAGACUACAAGCUCGCCAUAACAAAGGGCACUGGAAAGCAUCCCACAUCGAACAACAAGUUGCUCGAAGACCGACAUGGAGACAAGACUAUUGUCUCAAGCCCCCAAGACGUUCCUGAGGAUCAUACCUGGCAGGGCAAGCCUGUUGUUUUUAAGAAGCUUCAAGAAGCUGUUUCGCCCGUCCAAGAAAAUGCUGAUCAAACCGACCCUCCACCGCCGUGGCAGGUAUACCGCAUUGCCCACGCACCCGCCAAGGCCAAUAUCCAGAUCGUAGAGAAGACGUUUGAAGGACCCUUCGAAUUCGAUGUUAUCUUCUCAUCAGCUUCGUCUGGAAAGGAGUUCAACUCUGAGGACGUCACCGAGCAGAUUAAGAAGACCUCCGAGAUCUUCAACGAGCGUUUUGCAAACACUUUCAAGCUCAAAGAGCCAUUUAACCUCGAGAAGUACAAGAAGUUUGGCAAGAGCAUGUUUUCCAACCUUGUCGGUGGUAUUGGAUACUUCCACGGUCACCAGAUCAUUGACCGAUCCUAUGCUCCUGAAUACGAGGAGGAGGAUGAAGAAUUUUGGGUCGAAGCUGCAAACGCCAGGAGUCGCACGAAGCCGGAUCUUGAAGGACCCUAUGAGCUUUUCACUAGUGUUCCUUCUCGCCCGUUCUUUCCUCGCGGCUUCCUCUGGGAUGAGGGUUUCCACCUUGUCCCCAUCGCCGAUUGGGAUAUCGAUCUGACUCUUGAAAUCGUCAAGAGCUGGUACAACACCAUGGACGACAAUGGCUGGAUUGCUCGCGAGCAGAUCCUGGGUCACGAAGCUCGUAGCAAAGUGCCUCCUGAGUUCCAAGUUCAGUACCCCCACUACGCCAAUCCUCCCACUCUCUUCCUUAUCAUUGAGGGCUUUAUGGAACGCCUUCGUGCAGCCAACGGUACUGAACCCCAGAAGCUGGAGCGCUUGAUUGGGGCGGACCUUUUGCAAACUGCCCACCUCGACAACAUCGAACUCGGCGAGACCUAUUUGCGAAAGUUGUAUCCCCUUCUACGCCGCCAGUAUGAUUGGUUCCGUAAAACCCAGCGAGGUGACAUCAAGAGCUACGAUCGUGAGGCUUACUCCACCAAGGAGGCGUAUCGAUGGAGAGGCCGUACUGAAACCCACAUCCUCACCAGCGGCCUGGAUGACUAUCCCCGACCUCAGCCCCCAUCCCCCAGCGAGCUGCAUGUCGAUCUCAUGUCUUGGGUGGGCCUCAUGACAAAGUCCCUAAUGAACAUCGCAGACGCCCUCGGUAUGGCUGAGGAUGUAGAUGAGUACAAGACGAACUUGGAGGGUAUCGAGCACAACCUCAACGACCUUCACUGGUCCGAAAAGGAGGGUUGCUACUGUGAUGCAAUGGUUGACGACUACGAGGAGCACGCUCUCGUAUGCCACAAGGGCUACGUUUCCCUGUUCCCAUUCCUGGUUGGUCUCAUGAAGGCUGACGACCCCAAACUGGGCAAGAUUCUGGACCUCAUCGGUGACGAGGAUCACCUCUGGAGCCCACACGGUAUUCGCAGCCUGAGCAAGCAGGAUGAGUUCUACAACACUGGCGAGAACUACUGGCGCAGCCCAGUUUGGAUGCCAAUGAAUUAUCUUGCCGUGUCUCAGCUUCAAAAUGUUGCUUCGCAAGAAGGCCCAUUUCAAGCCAAGGCCAAGGACUUGUUCUCACGUCUGCGCAAGAAUCUUGUCGACACAGUGUACAAGAGCUGGGAAGAAACAGGCUUUGCCUGGGAGCAAUACAAUCCUGAUACGGGAGCCGGACAGCGAACACAGCAUUUCACUGGAUGGACUAGUCUAGUCGUCAAGAUUAUGGCCAUGGAUGACCCCAGCAAGGAGGAUCAUGUUAGAGACGAGCUUUGA